AUGGUCAAUGAAGACUAUACCCUGGUGGAGUCACCCCGCCACUCCUCGGACGAGAUGCGCUCUCACCCAGUCCAUAUGGCUACUUUGGCAGAGAAGAAAAGGCUAUGGUGGCGGAAUGCAAUCAUCAACGGAUUCUUCAUAGGCUGCUGGUUUCUAUUCUCCACGCUGCUCUCACUUUACAACAAAUGGAUGUUUUCUGCCGACCACUUUGGCUUUCCAUUCCCCCUCCUCGUCACGACCUUGCACUUCUUUGUCCAGUUCAUUCUAGCCCUUCUGUUGCGGAACCUUUCCCCCGAACGCUUCGGAUCGGCUCAGAAACCCACGUUGGGAGAUUACGGAAAGAAAGCUGUCCCUACCGCGGUUGCCACCGGGCUAGAUGUCGGCCUCUCGAAUCUGUCUCUCAAGUCAAUCUCACUUUCGUUCUUCACCAUGGUCAAAUCAUCCUCUCUCAUUUUCGUUCUACUGUUCGCGUUCCUCUUCCGACUAGAAAGGUUUUCGCUGCGACUCAUUGGAGUGAUUUUCUUGAUUUUCGCUGGUGUCCUUCUCAUGGUCGCCACCGAAACGGACUUUGUGUUAGUUGGAUUCCUACUCGUGAUUAGUGCCAGCGCUCUAGGCGGCUUUCGCUGGGCUCUGACGCAGAUGCUACUGAAGAACAAGAAGAUGGGCAUGGACAAUCCAGUCUCGACAAUAUUCUGGCUUGCUCCAGUCAUGGGUUUAACUCUUGGCAUUGUCAGCCUCAUCGUGGACGAUUGGAGUGCUCUGGCCAAUACUGAUUUCUUCGUCGGCGCGAAGACCCUACAGACUGUGAUAUUUCUCACCUUGCCCGGCGUUGUUGCUUUCUGCAUGGUUUUGAGCGAAUUCUCAAUCAUUCAACGGGCUGGUGUAGUGCCGAUGUCUAUCGCAGGGAUUGCGAAGGAAGUGACGACCAUUAGCAUCUCUGCCGCCGUAUUUGGAGACAAUCUCACUCCGCUGAACAUUAUGGGUGUUGGCAUCACUGUUUGCGGCAUUGGAUUGUUUACGUACCACAAGUAUCGCAAAUCUCUGGAAACAGUGGUACCUUUGGAUGCCCAUGGCAACCCAAUCUCGAUUGACGAGCUGGAUGACGGACAUGUUGAGUUGGAUGAAACCGCGCGAUUGACCCGCAGCAGCAGUGAUGAAUUCGACAUGGAUACUGAUGAUGAUAACUCGACGUUUCAAACCCGGACACUGUUUUCCGCCGACCAAGACGCCGAAGAAGUCCGCAGUAUAAGAUCGUCCAAAAUCAACUGGUCAGCAAACGAACACGAUCACGAGCCGGUGCCUUGA